UUGGUAGUUGUUUCCGCUCGCAACGGACAAGGAUGUCUGCUGCAGUUUUCAAAGUGUCAUCUGUCGAUCGAACCUUUUAUUCGCAGCCCCGUGAUUCGUGAUGGUGGAUUCCUUUGAUUGCGUAAUUUGUCUUCCUGCUUCCUCUGGGGAUGUCUAUAGCUGUGUCCUUGUGUGUGAUUCGCAUUGAACUGGGUGACGAUAGCGAUACGGAGUCGUCUGCUACGGGAUCAGGCGCUUCUGGUGCAAUGGCUGCUAAGAAUGUGAAACCGAAUGCUCGUCGGGGCAGAAGAGAAAUGCGGGACAUAACGGUGGAGACUUACUCUCGGGCAGGAGAGGAAGUGACUCCGGCCCUUCCCAAUGCGUCUGUGUGGGACAGUGGCCAGACUGCCAUAACUCUGUUCCCAUCGGCACCAGUCCAUGGCGACUCGCACGCUGUUGGAAAAUCAAGUGAAUCAUCUGUCAAACACCCUGUCGCUAGCCAGUCUUCCAUAUCUGAGGAUGAUAUGCCUCCAUCAAGGCGAUCAAUUGAUUUGGAUGAAGCUGAUCCCAUGCUGAGAGGCGAGCGGGAAAGAGUUGGAGAUCCUUCACUCAUCCCCUUUGUGUCAGGAAAUCCUUUUGUUGAAGUUACCAAAGGAAUUCUUCAUUUAUACAAAGAAAAUUCCCUCACUGAAAUGGAAAGCACAUCUGAGCUGAGCCAAACGGUUUGUCUUCUUGCUGUACCAGCAACCAUGACAUGCCACGAUCUGCUAACAUUUACCGCUGCAUGCCAUGAAGACAUACAGCAUGUACGGGUAAUAAGAGAUGGUACACCGAAUCAGUACAUGGUUCUUUUAACCUUCCGCACUCAGCAAGCUGCAACUGAAUUUUAUAAAACAUUUAACGGUGCUGCAUACAAUUCUCUUGAACCCGAUGUUUGCUGCCAUUUGGUGUUCGUGUCAAAAGUUGAGUUGACAAGAGAAGAUGUCCCCCCACCACACCACACAGAGCUACCCACGUGCCCAGUGUGCCUGGAAAGGAUGGAUGAGUCUGUAGAUGGCAUUCUCACAAUUCUUUGUAAUCAUGCUUUUCACACCAGCUGUCUGGCAAAGUGGGGAGAUACAAGCUGUCCAGUCUGCCGAUAUGUACAGACUCCAGAGCUAGUUGCAGAUAACAAAUGCUUAGAGUGCCACUCCUCUGAUCAACUUUGGAUUUGUUUGAUUUGUGGGCAUGUUGGAUGUGGCCGCUAUGUCCAUGGUCAUGCAUACGAGCAUUACUUGCAAACUCAGCACUGUUACUCAAUGCAACUAGGCAGCAAUCGGGUGUGGGACUAUGUGGGAGACAACUUUGUUCACCGCCUGUUGCAAAAUAAAGGAGAUGGUAAACUUGUUGAAGGAAGUGCCCCUGGCAAACAAGAUGUUACCGACGAAAAAUUAGAUUCAGUCCAGUUAGAGUUCACAUAUAUGUUAACAUCACAGCUUGAUUCACAACGCAUGUACUUUGAGGAUCAACUUCUGCGACUAGACCAACAAACACUAGCCGAGGUGAGUGAAAAUGAAAUAUCUUUAUUAGUGCAUGUCCAUUUUGUUCUGUUUCUUUGUAGUAUUAAUUUAUUUUUAUUUCAGCGCACUGAGCUAAAAGAGAAACUUCAAAAGCUACGAGAAGAUAACAAGGCUUUGGAAAGUAAAGUGUCAUCUCUUAGCAGGGAGAAGCAAAUAGCUGACAAGAAGUUGCAGCAAAUGUCAGAACGUUUGAAUGCCACUCAAAAAGAACUUCAAGAAGAAAAGCAGCUGAGUGGAGCACUAACUCAGAAUCAAGGCGGCUGGCAGAAUAAGUUCACUGCUUUGGAAGGCCAGUUUAAACAAUAUCAAUCAGAAAAAGAUAAGGAAAUAAAUGAACUGAAGGAACAGCUGCGUGAUGUCAUGUUCUUCUUGGAAGCUCAAAAGCAGAUAUCUGAAAGUGCUGAUCGUGAGGAAAUUGCUCAAGGCAUUGUCACUAUUGGGGAAGGCCCCUCUUCUUCAAAGCCAUCAAGACGAGGCAAGAAGCAGAGGUGAUUCCUGUACAUGAUCCAUAGAUAUUUUGUCAUUUUAUGUAUUUUCAUUUAUAUUGGAAGAUUCAUAAAAGUUUUCAUGAUGGUCCGUGCAGUAAGCUACUUUAAGUCGAUUCCAAAAUCUUGCUUGCUCAACCAGUUUUUAGUUAGCAUUUCAAUGUUCUAUGUAUCGCCUGUCUUUAUCAUCUCUAGAGUUUUUUGAUGUUUCUAGUUAAGGGGCUACUCUAUUCUAGUAGAAAUGAGCCAUUUUCAAGGAGACGAAAUUUGUCUGUGCAGACUGUAUGUGAUAAAUGUGCUAUAGAUCUUGUAGUUUACUGUGAUAUUUAAGGUAUUUUCUUACUUUUCAUUAUGUUAUCAUAGUUUUCUCUUUGUAAUUCAGUUUAAUGAUGCUGAAAUCUCCAAGUUUACUUACAAUCUUCUUCACUCCUUCACUAUAAGAAGUGCAUAUUUCAAAGUCUUAGAAUGUAAAAUAAUUUUUUUUAAAAGUUAAUCAUGAUGGCACAACUUUAAUAUAAUAUUUGAUUUCAUUUGCUUUGUUCUAUGAUACUUAAAGAAUAAACAAACUGAAACUUA